CACGAAAAAUACCGAAAAACAACUGUUAUAGUCAAAAGUCAAGCAAAAAUGCCUAGAAGUUUUUUGAUUAAAAAAUCUCUGGUAACAACAGGAACCACAACCACGACAACUGGAACCACACCAAGUGCACCCACAACCGUAAUAUCGGGCAAUCAUGAACGAUCAAUCCAAGAUGAUUUACAGAAUGAAAAUUACAAUUACAAUAGCAAUGUUCCAUUUGAUUUGAGCACGAAAAAUCGCAAAACCGAAGCAAAUGUCCCUUCUAAUGGUUCAGUCAAAGACCGUCCAGUCAAAUCAGAAUCCGAUUCUGGUCAUGCAGGUUCACCUCGCGGUCAACCUGGUUCAUCUUCAUCAACCUCAUCCACAUUAAACGUUUUAACACCUUCACCCGCUGUAACUGCCAAAACACUUUACAUUCCCUCUUCUGGUUCACCUCGAGGAGCUUUCCUAGCCACAUCAUCUUCCUUGCCCGGUAAAACUGCUCUGGCUCCAUUGGAACCACUCAAUAUUAACCAUGAUUCCGAUUUGAUUCCUUGGCCUUUACCACCAACCAAAUCCCAUCAUUUAUCACUUCAUCCACAUUCACUUUACUCUGGCCUUUACACACCUCGGGAUGCCCAUUAUCCCCAUCCAGCCCAUCAUCAUAGUCACCAUCACUCUCAUCACUCUCACCAUUCCAGCCACUCACUAGCCAAUUAUCAUCAUCAUCCUCACCACAACUAUUACAUGUCUCCUCAUUCCCACCAUCAUAACCAUUAUUACAAUCAACCUUCCAGUCCACCCUACCUCAUCUCACCUCCACGAACUCCUUAUUCACGAUCAACUUCCUCGCGAACCACAAACUCGUCUUCACCAUUAGCUUUGACCAAUGGCUCACUGAGCUCUUCCCUUCACCGUUCCGAUUCCUGUUCAUCUUCUGAUCUUCCUUCACCUCGAGACUCUCAUUCUGAUGAUGAGUUAACCUCUCGUCGCCAUUCUCUAACGCCAAUUACAUCAGGAAGAAGUUCAUAUGUCCAUUCACCAGUGGCCACAGUAGACGAGGAAAACGAAGACUCGCCAAUGACUGACCUAUCAGUUGAAAAUAAAUCCUCUUCUUGUCCUUCCUCAUUCCAAUCAAGUCGACCCGCCAAGAUGCGUAAAGAUGCAACCGGAUCACCUAUUCCAGUCUCAUUUUCCUGUCCCUCGUCACCUCAACAAACCCAAUUGUCACCUAAAUCAUUACCAUCACCAUCAUCUCACCACCAAAACUCAUCGUCAUCAUCUACCUCUUCCUUGUCAUCACUUUCAUCAUCAUCAUCGACAACAACAACGACAACCCAAGUAAACUCAAAAACCUGCAACUCUUCCGCUCCUCGAUACCAAUGUCCAGAUUGCAAGAAGAGCUAUUCAACCUGCUCAGGAUUAACCAAACACCAAGAGUUCCAUUGUUCAACUCAGACCAAAAAAUCAUUCUCAUGUAAAUUCUGUGACAAAGUGUAUCAUUCACUUGGCGCCCUAAAAAUGCACAUUCGAACCCACACUUUACCCUGUAAAUGUAACCUUUGCGGCAAAGCCUUUUCCAGACCUUGGCUACUUCAGGGUCACAUGCGAACCCAUACCGGUGAAAAGCCAUUUGCUUGUACCCAAUGUGGCCGUAAAUUUGCUGACCGAUCAAACCUGAGAGCUCAUUUCCAGACUCAUUCAGAUGUUAAAAAGUACGGCUGUAAAGGAUGUGGUAAAACAUUUAGUCGCAUGUCACUCUUGUCCAAACAUCAAGACAAUGGUUGUCCAGCUAAAAGCCUUAACCUAUCAACCACAACAACCUCAUCGACCUCAUCCUCGAGUAAAACUACGUGAUUUACCCAGUUGACUAAAAACUGGUUAAACCCAAUUCCUUACUCAACUCUAUUACUAUCAUUGCCAAUAUUAUUAUUACAUUUAUUCAUAUUAUAACGCCGAUUACCAAUAUAUAUCAAUUGAGAUAUUAUUGAACUCCAUUCAAUUACAUUCCCAAUGAUGUUGACCACAAUGAAACUAAACUGUUUCCAGAAGACGUUAUUAUUAAUUGUUCCGUUGACAUUUGACUACAUUUCAUAUUUACAUUAAUCAUCUUUUAAUAUACUUAAUUACCAUCACCAACAAAUCACACACACACAGAGAGAGACACUUAUAUACACUUAUACAUAAAUAUAUAAAUAUAUCAACACACACAGAAAGCCACACACAUAUGCACACUGAGAUUAAUAAUUAAUCAUCAAACUGCCCACCGAAUCAAUAAUGAUGGUUAAACUAAUUAUUGGCUGGACAAGCAAGGCUAAGGAAAAAUGAAAUGCAAAACAAAAUGGUGUGUGUUUGACUACAAUACUUGUUAACAAUACAAUUGUAAAUAUUUUUUAUACAACAAUAUCUUACCUUUAUUAAUCGAGUCACAACUCAAUAUCAAUCAACCAACACAAAUUGUUAAUCUUUAAUUAUCUGUAUAAACCAUACAAUUAACCAGAGCACUCAUAAUAAUGAUAAAAAUGACAAAUGAGAAACACAAAACACAAAACAAAAAACUAGUCCAAAUAACCAACAUAUAUUGUAUUAACCUUAACAAUUAAUCACAGUGAUUAAACAAUGUGAAUUCGCGCUGUGCCAUCAAUUAA